UUAGUGGCAUUUUAAUUGCUAAAUACCCGUUUGAUCUACUGAUUUCGGAGAUGAAACACCAGUAAGUUCGUGUUUCAACUUUCAACAAUCAGCAUAAUUCUGUGUAGUCGAUGGAAACAGGGUCGAUAGUGGUAACAAAAGUGGGCGACAAAUCAAGUGUCACCCGUUGUUUCUCCAAGUACCCCCUCAAAUUUAUUGUACCUAAUAAGGCGGGUCAACGAGACAUUGAUUGUGUGUGGAUUUACUCACUGACUUAUGGAGGAGGAAUUGUUUCUGGUGACUCUGUAAGAUGUAAUUUUACCAUUGAAGAUGGGUGCACUGCAGUGUUGACUACACAAGCUUCAACUAAGGUAUACAAAUCUGUGGGAUCAAAGGGCUCUGAACAAAUUAUGGAGGCUCGAGUUGGAAGUGAAGCGCUGUUGGCUGUCAUUCCAGAUCCAGUGACAUGUUUUGCCACCGCAAGGUAUACUCAAAAGCAAGUAUUCAGGGUGCUAUCAGACUCAAACUUGUUGGUAGUGGAUUGGUUUACAAGUGGACGCUAUGAAAGUGGAGAAAGAUGGGAUUUUGCAAUGUACAAGAGUACCAACAAUAUUUUCGAUGAAGAUGGGCAGCCUUUGUUUCUUGAUACGAUACUGUUGGAGCAAGGAGCCAUUAGCAGCAUCUCUGAGUGCAUGCAGGAUUACCAAGUUACAGGAAUAAUUAUAGUAUUGGGAUCUAAGAUGAAGCUAUUACAGAACCAGAUUCAAGAAAAUGUGAAAAAUAUGAUGUCUGGUUAUUUUCAAGCUAAGUCCAAUAGUUCAGGGUUCAGCAUGAGAAGAAAUUCUUACUCAACGAAACCGGAUUUUAUUGCAUCUUGCAGCCCCUUUGGCCCCAAGGGUGUUGGUCUUGUUAUUCGUGUAGCUGCUUUAACAACCGAAUCUGUAUAUCAAUUCUUACGCCUUCAAUUGGCCUGCUUAGAGCCACAUCUUGGGGCCUUCCCAUACACCUGAUUGUUGAGGGGGCAUAGGCGAAGAUGGGUUUGUUCAGGCGAUGAAAUUGACAUCAUGUAACUGCUGCAGGCAAAUUGAUUUGUUAUGAAUCAAAGUGUAUGCAAUUACCACAAGUAGAGAGGAAGGAGAAGGUGAAGAAAAGUCUAUAUGAAAAGUCUAUGCAGGAAAAGUCUAUUAGCAACAAGGAGAAAGUGAAGCAAUUAAAUUAUCUUUUGUUCUUACAAGAUACUGUAAAGAUUCAAGAUUUGCAAUGACCAUAUAAUUAUUUUUCAAUAUAUGAGGAUUUGCGUGGAGCGAAAAUCACUAAAUUAAGGAGAGUGCCACAUAAUUGAUAGACUAAUUUGACAAUGCCUUUUAUGUAUACACUAGUUUUUUGUCCGAAGAAUACCUGAUUUAAUUUUUUACUUUA